AUGGUAGACAGAGCAAGAGAAGUUUUGAAUACACUUCUUGGAUUGGACAGAGAUGUGUACAAAAGCACAGAAAGACGUUCAAUUGAUGAAAGCAUAUGUAAAUACAUGCUUGUAUGUUUCUGUCCUUUCAAGCUUUUUGAGAAUACAAGGAGAAGCAUUGGAAGAUGCAGAUACACAAGUCAUGAGGAAUACUACAAAGUUGAGUAUUGUCGACAAGGAAGUAUUGGGAUUGAGCAGCAUGAGUGGGAAUUCAUACGGUUGCUCGUAGAGAUUGUGGUGUACACAGAAAGAUGUCUUGAGAAACGGAAUGACGAAGGCAAAGAUAUUGAGCUUGCAGAUAAAAUUGCAGAAGUUGAAGAGACAUUCAACAAGCAAUACAACACGAUUGAGCAGCUUGUGAAGCAAGAAGGGGUGAGUGAGGCAUAUGAUGCAUUUAUGAAGUGUGAGAAGACAAGGAUGAACUUAGAGAAGCUUAAAGAAGCACACUUUGCAAGAAACGGAGGCUCUGGAAUGGAUAAGUGCAUGGUAUGCGGUUCUAGCGUGGUUUUAAGUGAUACAAAGUCGAAGAAUGCCAGUCAUAUAAAUGGAAGGCUGCACAAAGGACAUCUUCUUGUUAGAAGGAAGUUGGCUGAGCUGCUGAAGAAGGUUGGAGUGUCAAGCAUAACGGAGAUUUUUCCAAAUGGAUUUUCAUUUGAGCAUUUGAAGGUGUAA